GGCGCUGUCAUUUUUCUGGCGCCACACAGACACGUUGCUCUGAUUGGUCGAGGGACUGAGCGUCACGUCCAAUGACUAGAAUGUCCCUGUUUUCGAAUCUACUCGCAAUAAAAUCAAACAAUACUGUUUAGAUAUCUGAGAUCCUCCCUGCUAUUGAAAUGGAGAGCUUUCUAAGGCGGAAGCUUGCCCAGGCCGGUGUCAGCGUAUUGGGUGGUUCAUCACUUCAACAACCUGUGACCUCUUACCGUUCUAUCAAAUUGCCAGAUCUGUGUUCUAGUUUCUAUUCAAUUGCAGAUGAACCUUUUCCCCAAGUGUCUGGAUUUCUGGAUGACACCGUCGGCCCGUCGUUUCUUUCAAAUGAACCAGGAAACUUGUUGAAUUCCCCUGCUUGCACGCCAUUAGAAAAUCCAACAAAAAAUAAGGAUGAAGGCGUUUUGGCACCGAGAACAGAGGCUAGCAAUGACUCAGGUCUUAACUGCUCUCUUGGAGUGCACUGUCAGUUGGCAAAUGUAAGCACAUCUACUAGAUCACCACUGAAUGAGAAAGACAUUACCAGUGCAACAGCGGGCAAAUCAAAUGGGGACUGCAAUGAUGCCACAGUAUCCACUUCAUCUUUAGAGAAAUCUGAAUUCAUGAGUGUUGAGUUGAAGAACAGCACUUUCGAUGUGACCCAAGACUCCAAAGAACGGUCUGACGCUGGUAUUAAUGCGACUGUUGAUCUGCACAAUAUAAGAGAGAAGAACAGCACUUUUGAGUCUCAAGAGCCAAAGGAGGGGUCCAACCCUAGUCUUAAUUCAACAGUGGAUAUUGACAUUCCUCAUAUAAAGACUGAGUCAGGAAACACCACUGUUGACCUGGUACAGUCACAUGACCCUAAGGAGGGACCUGAAACUGGGGUUAAUGCAACUGUGGACAUUCCUAACCUAGACAGCGCACACUCUAGAACCAAUUCAUCUGUUGAUAACAAUGAACCAUUAAACACUACUAAGCUUGAAGUAACUAUAGAUAUUCAGUCGGGAGAAAAACUAGAUGGUAGUUUUAACUCUACUGAGGUUGAUAAAAUAAAAGACACAGUGGAAACUGAUUUAAAAGUCAAUGUAACUGUUGAUAUUGUGGAGCAAACAGCCAGUGCUCCUCUUCAGCCCUCUGGUGAGGUUGAACUAUCAAGCUCAGCUAUUAUAAAACCAGCGGAGAUGACUAAGCAUAAUUCAACCGGUGAUCUUACUCCCCCAGAAGUUCCAGUUUUGAAAGACAAUACGGUUGAAAUGAAACCCUCAAGCACAGAAUUAGCUGACCAUGUUAAUGAUGCAUUAAAUAAAUCUGUAGGUAUCACUGAACAAGCCUCUAAGAGCAGAGAAACAGAAGUUGGGAUAAGCACCUCAGCUUUUGUUUGCUCUGUAGAUGCUCCUGAUGAUGCUCCUGAGCUUAAAGCAGAGGAGCCUCACAAAAAAACACCAAGACCUGGGUUGUCAGAUGCUGAGUCCAUUCCCUCUUCUGAUAUGGGAAACAUCAGCAGAAACAGUAUUUUUUGUUUGGAUGAUACACUGGAUAUGAAGACGAGCUUCCUGGUCACAUCCACACCUAUUGUUUUUGGCAAAGAAUCCAGAUUUGAGAUUCUGAGAGACGUGAAGCCCACACCUAUGAGAAAGAGGCUGUCUGUGAUCAACAGCAUCGAUGCCCAGUCGAAUGAUGAGCUUGUUUGUGCAAGUAAUCAUGAUGGUGCUGAUGCUGUGCAGGUGACUGAGAGCUCGAGUCAAAGUCAGAAAGUCUCGGCGACCUGCACUUCAUCCGAACAAGCAAAUGAGAAGGAACUUCCAACAAAGCCUCCUAUCAAAAGACGGCUUCCCCAGCUCUCCUCUAAGCUGAGUUAUCCCAAAUCCAGUCUUCUUCCAAGGCAGCAGUUGUCAGUGAACUCCUUGGUAGCAAUCAAACCGAAGACAAUCCAAGGGCCGCCAGCCCCGCAUCAGCCUGACACACCAUCUAACACCCUGCUUGGCAACAGGAAGACCAUACAGAUGAACAAGGGGAAGAACAUCGCUCCUGUCAAGAAUGCAGCAUCAGCUAGCACUGUUAAGACCUCUAUGGUUUCUUCUGCCACUGGAUAUAACAUCACUGCUGGUGUGAAACCUUCAAGCUGUGCUAUACAGCAAAUGAAGCCAUCAGGACUACAGCCUCCAACCCGUAAAAGACAGGCUCUCAAGACACCUCAGACUACACGAUCCUCUGUAGAAACCAUUCACACUCAGCCUAGUAGUAAACCGUCAGGAUUACCAGCACCCGCUCUGUCUACAGCAGAGAGUGAUGCUGUGCAUCCAGCUGAAGGAUCACAUGAACCAGAUUGUGUUAAUUGCUUGCAACACCAAGAAAAACUUGAGAGGGUCAUUCAAGAACUGAUGGGUUUGCGUUCAGAGUGUAAAAACUGGGGACCAUUGCACGAAAAACUUGAGGCGUGCAUAGAGGAACUGAAGAGAAUUUAAGUUGGUAUUGAAUGUCUACACAUUUUAUUUCUGAAAUGUUUUUUUUAAUUAUUAUUAUUUAUUUAAUUUUGAGUGUUCAUAUGUCAUGUUAAAUCUUCAUAUGUUUGAGUUGAUUGCAAUUAAAUAUGAAUAUAAUUGCAUUAUGCAGUAUGAACUCUCCCUGAUUCUCUCUUCUCUCUCUCCUGCAAUUAGAGAAACAAAGAGAAGUGACAUGUAAAGUUCUGAUUGUUCGAACAGUUGUAAAAUGUAUAUGCAGUUCAAUGCAGUUUUAUGGGUUUUUUUUUUUUAAGUGACAGUUUGUUAAUAAAAUGUAACUCAAUCUAAUUUAUUUUGAUACUAAUGUUUUUACAUUAUCUGCUUAAGUGUCUCACGGUUCCCCUAAUAAAUUAUUAUAUAAUUUACAGUA